GUACCUGCUGAUGAGCUGAGUGAUAACAGUGCAGAGUGUGUCGUUUGUCUGUCUGAUGUUCGUGACACCCUCAUCCUGCCCUGUCGUCACCUGUGUCUCUGUAAUGCCUGUGCUGACACCCUGCGAUACCAGGCCAACAACUGCCCGAUCUGCCGCCUCCCAUUCCGUGCUCUCCUGCAGAUCCGGGCAAUGAGGAAGAAACAGGAUCCUCUGACACCGAGUGGUUAUAACCCUAUCAUCACAUCGCAGAUAGCUGAGACUGAUGAUCAUUCGGCUUCGGAUCACAUCCCCGUGGGCUAUGAGGUCGUAUCACUGCUCGAGGCUUUGAAUGGACCCCUCACUCCUACACCUUCAGCUCCUCCCAUUCACCAGGUCAGAAACAGCGUCACACCCAGUCCUUUACCUACCAUUGGACCUAAUGGACAAACUCUUCCUGUACGCACCUUGGCUCCACCUGACAGAGUUUGUGACAACAGCAACCCAGGCUUCAAGCUGAAGAAAAGCUCUUCCAAGUCAGUUUCACGGAGCUCGUCCAUUCUCCAUGGGGAAGAUGAGGUGAAAUCGUUCAGUGAUGGGGAGAUAGUGUCCCCCACAACACACGCCAAUCAGGAGGUUGAGGAUUUGAGUGCCACUCCUGAAAGUGAGAAUGUGACCCUGUCAUCAUCUGGAGCUGUCGACCAGUCCUCAUGUACCGGCACACCACUGUCCUCCACCAUCACUUCACCCGAAGGAUGGUGGUUAGCAGCUGUAACAGCUUUAGUCUGUGACAAUAACAAUGAGGAGCCCAGUCCAGUGCGUUUGGAUAAUGACCCCUGUUUGGAGGAUGCAGUUCCUGGUACUGGUCUGACUGAUGACCCCCUCCACCACCCGCUGUCCCUCCCAGCUAAUAGUGAACUGAAGGAAAGUGGAGACUCCAGUCACAUCUACGGACCUCUUAUAGUCUGAAGGAAGGAUCAACAAUGAACCUGACUCCAACCCGUGUGUGACACCUCCCAGAGUUGAGCUGCUUGGAGGCCAAAGCACUUUGUAGCUGUAGCAGAGCAAUACCUCAAAUGUAGUAUAGUUAUAGCAGUGAGAUAUUAUCCCCUACCUCUCCUUCAUCUCUCCAAUUUCCUGUACCUCUGGCCUGUCGCUCCCUUUCUCCCCCCAUCACUGCCUCAAUCUCCCUCUCUCUAACCCAUCACUGCAUCACUCCCUCUCCCGCCCCAUCCCUCUCACUUCUCGCUGCAUGUCUGUUCAGGCCUGUGUUAGUUUCCGUGUCUGUUCUUUGGUGAAGCUGAUGUCCCCUACAACAUAUGUAUCAGAGUUUGAAACCAUGCAUGACCCCUCCCUUUGAGACUCCUAUUUACUGGCCAAUAGUUUAGAGUCCAUGUGAAUUAUUAUAAUAUCCUGCUGGCCUGGAUCACCAUCAUCUCCAAAACAGAAAGAUCACAAUUAAAAUUCCAAAAACAAUUAACACUGUUUAUGGUCAGUCUCCUCACUGAGCUCAGUGACUACAGCUGUUACAAGGACAAACAACUGGGAAUGUUCUACACACCCCUCAGCAAAUACCCCGGGCCCGGGCUCAGGCUGGGUAAAUACCCCGGGCCUGGGGUCAGACUGGGUAAAUACCCCAGGCCCAGGGCUCAGACUGGGUAAAUACCCCAGGGCCGGGGCUCAGACUGGGUAAAUACCCCGGGCCCGGAUUCAGACUGGGUAAAUACCCCAGGCCCAGGGCUCAGACUGGGUAAAUACCUGGGGCCGGGGCUCAGACUGGGUAA